GCGCGGUCACACUUUUACAUAUUGUUUUUUAAAGGCAACUAUGGACAUCGGCGAACUGCUGGCGUUUAAGCCGGAACAGACGCCAAAGCGUCCGCACGAGGACGAGGACGACGACUUCGAUUUGGAGAGCUCCCAUGGAAAACGGGGCGGUGGCGAUGAGAAAACCAAACGCAUGCGGCGCAUCGCCGAAGCCAAGCAGUCGGCACAUUACGGAAAACAAAGUGCAGGUGGAGGAUCAUCCGCGUCCGGCGGCACCACUAGCUUCGAAUUCGAUCCAGAACUCACGGAGGAGGAGCGACUGAAUAUCCUCAAGUACGUGGAGAACGAGGAAGCCGAUGGCGAUGUCUUAGACGAGCAUAGCCUCAAGAAACUGAUACUGGUGUUCGAGAAGAGGAACCUCAAGAACCAGGAGAUGCGCAUCAAGUUCGCCGACUGUCCCGAAAAGUUCAUGGACUCGGAGGUGGAGAUGCACACGGUGAUCCAGGAACUGAAAGGCGUGGCCACGGUGCCCGAUUUAUAUCCCCUCCUGGUGGAGCUCCAUGGAUUGCACAGUUUGCUGGAACUUCUGGCCCAUCAAAACACGGACAUAGCCGUGGCCGUAGUGGAUCUCUUGCAGGAGGUAACCGAUGUGGACAUCCUGGGCGAAAGUCAGGAGGGCGCCGAAUCCUUGAUUGAAGCCCUGAGGAAAGAGCAAAUCUGCGCUCUACUGGUCCAAAAUCUGGAGCGACUGAACGAGCAGGUUAAGGAGGAAGCCGAUGGGGUGCAUAACACUCUGGCCAUUGUGGAGAACCUCACCGAAAUCGAUUCGGAGUUCGUCAAGGAGGCAGCUGAGCAGGGAUUACUGGCCUGGCUGCUGAAACGCCUGCGUGGAAAGUCCCCCUUCGAUCCCAACAAACUCUACUGCAGCGAGAUCCUUUCCAUCCUCAUACAAACGGAGAAUGACAACCGAUUGAUGCUGGGUUCUCUGGAUGGAGUGGAUGUGCUCCUCCAGCAGCUGGCUGUCUACAAAAGACACGAUCCCGGGAGCAACGAGGAGCAGGAGUAUAUGCAGAAUCUAUUCAAUUGCCUCUGCUCAGCUUUAAUGGCUCGUGAGAAUCGCGAUCGAUUCCUCAGCGGUGAAGGUCUCCAGCUAAUGAACCUGAUGCUCAGAGAGAAGAAAAUGUCCCGAAAUGGUUCCCUUAAGGUGCUGGAUCAUGCCAUGGCCGGACAGGAUGGAAGGGACAAUUGCAACAAGUUUGUCGAGAUCCUCGGCCUGCGCACCAUCUUUCCGCUCUUCAUGAAAACACCCAAGCGCAACAAGCAGCGACUGAUCUCCGCCGAUGAGCAUGAGGAGCAUGUGACCUCCGUCAUUGCUUCCAUGCUGCGGAACUGCAAGGGCACGCAUCGCCAGCGAAUGUUGGCCAAGUUCACCGAGAACGAUCACGAGAAGGUAGAUCGGCUGCUGGAGCUGCAUCUCAAGUAUCUAGCCAAGGUGGAGGCUAUAGACAAAGAGAUCGAUCAACAGACUAAGGAUCCCAGCAUUGACGAGGACGAGGAGGCGGAGAACAACUACAUUAAACGGCUGACCGGAGGACUGUUCACAUUGCAGCGCAUCGACUACAUCCUGCUGGAGGUCAGUGCCACCGGCGAUACCGUCAAGCAGCGCGUUUUGCAGAUCCUCAACUUGCGCGGCGCCUCCAUGAAGACCAUUCGCAGCAUCAUGAGAGAAUACGCUGGCAAUCUGGGCGAUGGCGACACUGACUGGCGGGAACAGGAGCAGACCCACAUAUUAUCUCUAGUCGAUCGUUUCUAAGGCUCACCAUACAAUAAAAACAGAACUAUUAAAACUGAAAA